AACUAUUAACUAUAUCAUCUUUUUCUAUCACACAAACCCACUAAAGAAAAAAACAUGGGAAAUUGCUUGGUGCUGCAACAAAUUAAUAUGAUGAAGAUCAUGAAAACUGAUAGGAAAGUUCUUGAAUACACAACACCAAUCAAAGUUGAAGAGGUUUUGCCACCUCCACCACCGGCAUCACCAAAAGGGGUCAAGAAGGUGAGGUUUGCAAAUCCAGAAGUUCAAGAUGUACAUAAAAGUAGUGUUGUUAGGAUUAAGCUUGUUAUUAGUAAGCAAAAACUGCAAGACAUGUUAGAUAAUGGAGGGAUUUCAGUUGACAAGAUGUUAUCUCUUGCUCAUGGUGAAGAUUUGUGUAAAGAAAAUGAUGAUGAUUCUCUAGGGGAGUGGAAACCAGAAUUGAAAAGCAUACCUGAAGUAAUCUAACAGUAGGCUUCAAGUUACAAUACUUGUGUUUCUUUCUUAUAAUGCUUAGGUAUUAGAGUUUUUACUUUUUAGGCAUGUACUAUACAGUAGUAUAAUAACUAAGAAGGAAUAUAAAUAGAGGACUAUAUAGAAUUAUUCACUCUUCAAGUACA